GAGCGAGAGAGUGAAAGAGAGAGAAGAGAGUUGUAGAAUAGGAGAGAGAGAGAAAGAGAGAGAUAGGAGGGGGGGUCACAGAGGGUGAGCAAGCUAAAGUGUGAGUGUGAGAGAGACAGAGUAAGUGUGUGUUUGAGAGAGAGAGAGAGAGAAAGCGUGUGUGAGGGAGAGAGACAGACACACACAGAGCUCUCAGAGGGCGAGCAAACUGUAGAGGCAGAGAGGUGAGAGAGUGAGAGCUAACUGAACAGAGGGCUACAGAGGGAAUAGAGAGAGAGUGAAAGAGAGAGAGAUGAGAGUAGAUGAGAGAGCGAUGGCAGAUUGAGGGAGAGAUAUAUAGAAAACAUUACCAAAGAAAGGAAGGGCAAGAGAGAGAGAGCAGUGGGUGAGAGGUACACAGUGAGAGAGAGAGAAAGAGAGAUAGAGAGAGAGAGAGAGAGAGAGAAAGAGAGAGAGAGAGAGAGAGAGAGAGAGAGUAUCAGAGCUGGAUGUUCUUAUUUGCAUUGCUGCUGCUGCUGGCUGUUCCAAUGAUCACUCAUUCCUCUCACCACAAGACACCCAGAGAGGCUGUGAGCAGACGUUUGGCGUGUGGUGAGCUGUGAGGAACGCGUGAUGCUGUGCAGCAGAAGGGCGGCGUCCCUCUCUCUGAUCCCGUCAUUCUCCCCCGAAGCCCAUGUGACCUAAUCUCGGGCCCCACAGGCCAGGGGGGUGCCCCAUGAAUCCCACCCCAGACCGCGGCAAAGAGUGCCUCCCCCCGAAGAAGCGGGAGUCCCGGCAGGGCUCCUCAGAGCAGCAGCGCCCCCCGGAGGACGACUUCAAGCCCCCGGCACCGCUGCGGCCCCGAGCCCUGGCAGGGAGGCAGUCCGAGGCCAGGGAGAGUAGCGAUGCCCCUCACUAUGACAAAGAUCUGCCCCCUCCGCCACCACCACCGGCCCCACUGCAACCCCUGCCCCUCCAGUGGCACGUGUCCUACCCGCCCCCGGCGUCUCACCCGUUCCUCUCCCCCGGUGACAGGCACAGCGCCAUCUCUCCCUCCUGGAGGGACAGCCGGGUCCUGGACGUAGUGGACCCCCCCAUCCCGCACCACUCACGCUGGCCCCCGCUGACCCUGCAGCCGCCGCUGUCCUUACCCUCUUACAAGAGCCACUAUGCCUCGGACCGGGACGCGUGGCCCUACUUCAGUCGCCGGGAAUACAGCCCUUCCUCCUUCUUCUCCCCAGCGCACCACCUCUUCACCCAGCCUGCGCCGCCCUACCCCACCGAGAGCCUCUCCGAGCGGCUCCGCUACCCGAGCAGAAGGCCCAACGGUUUGGACGGCCUGGAGGGUCGGCAAAGUUCCCUUGAGAGGGCACCCUCUGCUGGGGAGGGUGGCAACGACAGCCGCUCCAGGCACGCGGAGGGCUUUCACACCAAUGGGAGGAAGCGACACCCGGAGGACACUGCGGGAUCAUCGCAGGCGAGAGGAACACUGUCCUCACGGGAGGGCCCCAACGCGCGCACCCCCCCGCAGGACCGAGAACGAGAUCGAGACAGACAGAGAGAAAGGGAGAGAGAACGAGAGCGUGAGAGAGAGCGAGAAAGAGACAGAGAAAGAGAGAGGGAGAGGGACAGAGAGCGAGAUCUCCGCAGGACUCCCAAAGCCCCUCACCUCGCCGAAUCACGAACCGCCAAGGUGGAGCCCCUGGGUCUGGGUGCCAUCCAGGGGGCCGGGGCUCAGAUCUACUACGCGCUGGGCUCCGUCUACCCUUCCCUCCAGCAGCAGACGCCCUCGUUCGCCUACCCGGCUCCCCUCAGCUCAGCGGGCACGCCGCCAUACACGCCCCCACACAGCAAGAGGAACUCUCAGCUCUCCCCUCUGGGCUCGCAUCAGCACAACAGCCACGGCACGGCCCAGGGGCCUGAACACGAGUGCAACGAGGAGCUGGCCUCGCCCCCGAGUCCAUACCGCGAGCGUGCCGUUCACGGCACCCAUGGGGGCCCCGUCGGCGCCGAGCCGCACCUCCACCCCAACGCCGGCGCCGCCGUCCUACCUCAUUUCGCCAAGGGGUCCCUGAUCGAGCUAGCCGGGGGGCGGCUGAAACGCGUGGAGGAGCUGCGCACCGAUGACUUCCUGCGCAGCGCCGACAUCUCGCCCGAGUUCCACCUGAGCAGCUGCACCGUGCUGCACAUCCUGCCUGGCCCCACGCACGCCUUCAGCCAACUGCAGGUCCUGCUGGCCGACCGCAACACUCAGGAGUUACUCACAGUCUUAGUGGAGUAUCCAUUCUUUGUGCGCGAUCGAGGCUGGUCUUCGUGCUGCCCGCAGAGAACCGGCCAGCUCUACGGUCUCGCCUGCCGCCAGCUGAAUGCCGGGGACGUGUGCCUGGCGCUGACCCCGACCCCCGCACCCCUCCCUGGCUCCACCCUGGGCCCCCCGCCACCCCGCUCCCGCUCAGGCUCCAGGGCCGCCCGCACGCACCACCACGGCCAGGCCUUGGGCAGCGCGGCGCCAACGGCCAAUUCCAGCUCCAGCCCAGGAGCAGAGAGGAUGCCCCCUCCACCUCCUCCUCCGCCUCUUCCUCUUCCUCCUCCCCCUACGCCUCCCUCCACCACCACCACCACCACCACCUCCACCAACACCACCGGCAGCGCCUCCCACAGCGUUGAGAGGGGCCGUGAGGAGCGAGAGACACGGCCUCGCAAGAGACGCUGGUCAGCCCCCGACCUCCCUCCGAAUUUCAUCCGAGAGGGGGAGCAGCAGGAGGAGGAAGGAGAGGACAGGAGGAGGACACCCCCAGAUUUACCUCAAGGCUCCAAACAGGAGAAACAACAAUAGAAGCUCCCAGGCUUCCUCCUCUACCGACCACCUUCCCUUAUACACACGUAAACCCACACACACCAGACACACACAGACACACACACACACACCCACACACACACACACACAUACACAGAAAGCCCACAGUGUGGUGUCCACUUCAGCGCCACCAGUUCCACACACUCGCAUCUGGCCAGCUGAGCAGGAACCGGGGCGUUGGCGCAGGAGGUUUCAGGUUAACUCAACAUUACUAUGGCCAUCCUCAAGUGCGCAUGAGCAAAGCCAUGAAAACCAAGCCCACCUCCUCUGGGAUUUUUCAAGACGGGGAGGGGGGAAGGGGGUCACAGGAAGGGGAGCAGUUGUAUAUUUCCGUGCAAAGCAAUGGGAGGGCGCCAUGCUAGGAAAUCCCAAAAUGCACAAAAAGAGACAAUUCAGUGAGACAAUCAAAUUCACCUGUCUGUGUCGCCACGCGUUUACUCAGAUGAUGUAGUAAUGGUCGUUCCACGCUCACGGACAGUGUUUUCUGCAGGGUAACUAUUUUCAAACAGUAUUAUUGAAGUUAAUAACAUUGGAGAGAGAAAUGAAAUAUAUAAAUAUAUAAAUAUUACAUAUUACAGGUGUUACACAAAUAUGCUAAAGAAUAAAAAGUCUAAAUGAGUCAGUUGUUACUUUCGUACUGAAAUUUAAUUUUAACGCUUCUGAGCCGAAUUCUGGCCGUGUGUCUGGACGGACGAGGUGAAUGUAUCAGCAACCUUUAGCCUUUUUUCUCAGUGUGGGUCAACACGCUCUUUUACCAACAGCAUUACUGUCCGGUCUGGGUUCUUUCAUUCUUUUAAACUGUUAAAGGGAAAAGACACUACUGGAAAACUCGGAAGAUAAACGCCUCAUGCUUCGGAGGCAGGGUGCAAAUAUCAGCCAAUACCACCCCACCCCACACACCACCCCACACCACCCCAUCCACACACACACAUCAGGUGUUUCCUUCCGCUUUUGUGAUGCCGUGAAAAAUGUCAUUAUGAGAACGUAAAACGGUGCUAAUGACAAGUUGGAAUCGGAUGCUUUGUGAAUAGGGCAGACCCCGCUGUACGCUUCUCUGUUGUCUUUAAGUUCAUGUAUGACCGAGCGCAGGGAGAAGAACAAAGGAAUAGUAUUCUGAACUCAGAUACGGGUAUCUCUUCUUGAUCAAGCACACUCUUUCACUUUAGUUUUUUUUUUUUCGUUUUGUUUUGUUUUCUGUUGUUGUUGUUUUUCAAAAAUACCGUUGUUACUAUUUUCUUUGUAAAUGUUAUAGCUAUAAAAUUGUAUAUUUUUAAAAUUGUGAAACUGUCAUACAAUGUUCGCUAGAGAUUAAAAAAGCUUUAUAGAUUUA